AUGGACUCGGAGACGCCUACCAAGAAUGAAGCGGAACAGCGUGCUUCACCAGAUCGAACUGGGCAAGUUACCCAGCGGCCUGUUUCGCUGUUCAGGAAAAACGGAACCUUUGCCUAUCCUCUAGAAGACUCUGACGUUUACGAAGAGCAAGUGCUUGCACUUGAGGACGUACCCGAGCCGACUGCUCAAGCGAUUCUGCGUCUCGCACUGGCAGCGGAACGACAAGGAGUGCCACGGCUGCGAUUUCUGGUCGUGGGAGCACCUGGUGUUGGCAAGUCGUCCCUGAUCAACACGCUCCUGAACGAGAACCUGUGCUCUGUGUCUGCGUGGGAGCGGGGAACGAAAAACGCGCAAGUAUGUGCUCGACAAGUCGACUCCGUGGUGAUCGAGUUCAUUGAUACCCCAGGGAUAGCACCUUGUAGACGCAGCGGCCUAGAAGCUAGUCGACGGCAGGUCCAACGGCUUCGAAAGCUCCUCGACGCUCGGGGUGCGGAUGAGCAUCCUUAUCUGCGUUCCUUCCACGCUAUUCUCUACGUCAUGCGUCUCGAUGACACCCGCCCUGAUCUAGUUGAUUACCACAAUUGGAAAGUUCUGAUGGAAUUUUUCGGGGCAGAAGUGCUUCGCCACAUGAUGGUAGUCUUUACCCAUGGUCAAUCAUUGCCGCCUGACUCGCUGAGCUACCCCGAAUACGUCCGCGGUCGUCGUGACUACGUGUACUUACUUAUUGAACGUCUCACUGGGCCGCUAAAAGCCGUCCGGUUUCCCGUCUUUGUCGCAGAGAAUUCCAGCAAAUGCCCGGUGAUAGAGGAAACCGGCGAGCGAAAGCUACCAGACGAUACGCCAUGGAUUACGCAGCUUUACGAUGGGAUUCGUCGAUUCGUUUUCCCGUUGGAAGCAGAUUUAUUCGGCAUGGAAACGGGACCUGAGGAUACCCAGGUGCUGGUCUACAUCUAUGACAAGCGCCGCUCUCGAGCAGAUGAGCGGUAUCCUCGUUCACCGCUUCAAGCGCUGAUAAGGAACCCGUGGUUUCUACGAGCUGUGCAGUUUUGUGGCGCAAUGCUGUUGCGCAGUUACAUGAUUCGGCAAGAGCACGAGCGCUUCAACCCGAAACCGCACCAUCCAGAACCGAUCAUCCGAGAUGCGAACAAUGCUUUCGCGGUAGCAUCGCGCAGGGCCAAUGAUCACCGCCUCUUCACACCAAGCAUCGAUGAAGACGAGGAAUCCUUCUUUCGGAUGAACGGAAACGAUGAUUUUGUCAGUCGACUUCGAAAUCGCCCUGGCGAGGUCGAUCUUGACGAGCUCGAUGUCGAGCGAAUCGAGAGCCCCGACGGACGUUUUGUGGAAUACUGGUACACCGAAAAGGAUAAUCCGGAAAUGGUGCGGAUGUAUCGGCUCGAAAUACGUGACGAUCCCAACGAGGAGCGCGAAAGCCGCCAGGAUCGGAUACCGAUCUCAAAGGACCAGCACUGA